AUGGCUCAAAAGCCCGAGGAGCAGUUGAAGGAGUUUGGAUCGAAGCUUGACCCACCUCCUGCGUCCAAGGAUUCAUUGCUCAAACUCUUCAAGGAAGCUGCUGUUUGUCUUUCUGAGUUGGAGCAGUCUCCACCAGCAGCAGUGCUGAAGUCUAUUCAGCCUUUUCUUGAUGCAGUUAUUAAACCUGAAAUUCUCAAGCAUCAAGACAAGGAUGUCAAGCUUCUAGUUGCGAGUUGCGUUUCUGAGAUAACUCGUAUUACAGCACCUGAAGCGCCUUACAGUGAUAAUAUUAUGAAGGAUAUUUUUCAACUGAUUGUGAGCGCUUUUUCUGGGUUGAAUGAUGUUGGUGGACCAUCAUUUGGAAGGAGGGUUGUCAUUUUAGAAACUGUUGCAAAGUACAGGUCAUGUGUAGUGAUGUUGGAUCUUGAAUGUAAUGAUCUGGUGAAAGAAGUCUUUACUACAUUUCUUGAUGUUGCUAGAGAUGACCAUCCGGAGGUUGUUUGCUCAUCAAUGCAAAAUAUAAUGAUUGUUCUCUUAGAAGAGAGUGAAGAUGUGCAGGAGCAUCUGUUACUAAUUUUACUUUCUAAAUUGGGCAGAAAUAGAAGUGACGUUAGUGAUGCUGCAAGAAGACUUGCUAUGAAAGUCAUAGAGCAGUGUGCGCCUAAAGUUGAAUCUGACAUAAAGAAGUUUCUUAUCUCUUCAAUGUCUGGAGAUAGCCAAUUUUCCAGCAGUCAAAUUGACUACCAUGAGGUUAUCUAUGAUUUGUACCGCUGUGCUCCUCAGGCCCUAUCCGGAGUUGCACCAUAUCUCACUGGAGAACUUUUGGCUGACAAAUUGGAAACUCGUUUGAAAGUGGUUGGAUUGGUUGGAGAGUUGUUUUCCUUGCCUGGACGUGUCAUCUCCGAAGAGUUUAGUUCAAUCUUUUUAGAGUUUCUGAAAAGGCUUACUGAUAGAGUAGUUGAAGUUAGAAUGGUCAUCCUUGACCACAUUAAGAACUGUUUGCUCUCAGAUCCUUCGAGAGCUGAGGCUUCUCAAAUUAUAUCUGCUCUCCGUGACCGGCUCUUGGAUUAUGAUGAGAAUGUCCGCAAACAAGUCGUUGCUGUUAUUUGUGACGUGGCUGUGAAUGAACUGACGUCGAUUCCAGUUGAUACCAUUAAGUUAGUUGCCGAACGGCUUCGAGACAAAGCUAUACUCGUAAAAACGUACACAAUGGAAAGGUUGAGUGAAUUGUUCCGGGUAUAUUGCUUACGGUGUGCUGAAGGGAAGGUAGGCACUGGCGACUUUGAUUGGAUUCCUGGAAAAAUUUUGAGAUGUCUUUAUGACAAAGAUUUCAGAUCAGAUACAAUUGAAUACAUUAUAUGCAGUUCAUUGUUUCCAAGUGAUUUCUCUGUUAGAGAUAAAGUUAAGCGUUGGAUAGAAAUCUUUUCUGGGUUUGACAACGCAGAGACAAAAGCUUUUGAGAAGAUAAUGGAGCAAAGACAAAGGAUACAACAAGAAAUGCAAAGAUAUUUGUCAUUCAAGCAGACGCAACAGAGUACUGAUGCUCCUGAGAUGCAGAAAAAGAUUCUAUUUGGAUUCAGAGUAAUGUCUCGUGCAUUUUCAGAUCCUUCAAAGACUGAGCAGAACUUUUUGAUUCUUGAUCAACUGAAAGAUGCUAAUAUCUGGAAGAUUUUGAAUAAUCUGCUCGAUCCCAACACUAGCAUAAUUCAAGCAUCCAAGAUUCGGGAGGAUAUGCUUAAAAUUCUUUCUGAAAAGCAUUCUCUCUAUGAAUUUCUCGGCACUCUCUCCAUAAAGUGCUCUUAUCUGCUAUUCAGCAAGGAAUUUGUGAAAGAGAUAUUAUCGGAAGUGUCUGUUAGAAAGUCUUCGAGUAAUAUUUUGGGCAUUCAAUCUUGCAUGGACUUCUUAGGGCUUCUCGCAAGUUUCUGUCCAUCACUGUUUGAUGGGACUGAAGAGGAACUGAUAGCUUUCCUUAAAGAUGAUGAUGAAAUGAUAAAGGAAGGUACUCUUAAAAUUCUAGCAAAGGCGGGUGGUACUAUCCGGGAGAAUCUCAUUGUUUUAGCGAGUUCUGUGGACCUGUUACUGGAGAGGAUCUGUGUAGAAGGUAACCGUAAGCAGGCUAAGUAUGCUGUGCAUGCACUAGCAUCAAUAACAAAGGAUGAUGGCUUGAAGUCGCUCUCUGUUCUAUACAAGGGACUCGUGGACAUGCUGGAGGACAAGAGACAUCAGCCAGCUGUUCUUCAGAGUCUUGGAUGUAUAGCGCAGAUUGCGAUGCCUGUCUUUGAGACUAGAGAAACCGAAGUCGUUGAGUUUAUUAGAAGCAAAAUUCUCAAUUGUGGAAGUGAAGCUGUAGAUGACAAGAGGUUAUCCUGGGAUGACAAAAGUGAAAUUUGUCAAUUGAAGAUAUAUGGAAUCAAGACGUUGGUGAAGAGCUACUUACCUUUAAAGGAUGCUCAUCUUCGUAUGGGUGUUGAUGACCUUCUUCAGUUACUAAAAAACAUUCUUUCCUUUGGGGAAGUAUCUAAAGAUCUAGAAUCGAGGUUGGUAGACAUUAGUGCUAAACAUGCUAAGAGGUUCUUUUUCUGUAAAAAUAUUGAAGGCACUAAUGCUCAACCUAUCCACAGUUCUGUUGACAAGGCCCAUUUGAAACUUGCUGCUGCAAAGGCAGUCCUCCGCCUUUCUCGGCACUGGGAUGAUAAGAUACCAAUUGAUAUCUUCCAUUUAACUCUAAAAACCCCUGAGAUAUCAUUUCCCGAAGCUAAGAAAAUAUUCCUUGGGAAAGUUCAUAAGUAUAUAAAGGAUCGGGUUUUGGAGACAAAGUACGCCUGUUCAUUCUUAUUUGAUAUCACUGGAUCAAAUGUUCUUGUAUCCGAGGAGGAGAAACAGAACCUAGCUGAUAUCAUUCAACAUUCUUACCAAACAAAAGUGCGGAAAGUCUCUGCUCAGACUGAUGCAAAUUCAGUUUCUCUCUACCCUCAACACAUCCUUACUUAUCUGGUUCACGCCCUUGCGCAUCAUUCUUGUCCUGACGUGGAGAAGUGCAAAGAUGUGAAGAAAUAUGAAAUGAUAUAUCGACAAUUAUAUUUGAUCAGUUCUAUGUUACUUCAUAAAGAAGAAGACGGGAAGGCUGAAGAUAUUGAUAAGGAACAUGACUGCAUUCCCACGAUUAUCUCCAUCUUCCUUAGUAUAAAACAGUCGGAAGAUGUCACUGACGCAACAAAGUCAAAGAACUCACAUGCAAUCUGUGAGCUUGGGCUGUCAGUGAUCAAACACUUAACUCAGAAAGAGCCCGAUGUACAAGCGGCGAUCACGCCUGUAUCGCUUCCUCCAUCGCUCUACAUACCUUCUGAGAAAAAUGUGGAUGACAAGUCUCAGGUUGAUGAAGAGAAAUUGUGGCUAGCUGAUGAAACUGUCUUGGCACACUUCAGUUCUCUCAUGUUGGAGAGUCAUGCUGAUUCAUCUGUGAUACACCAAACUUCAGAGAAUGAAGGUAUGAAUGAUGAGGAAAGUGAUGGGAAUGAAAUUCCUCUGGGUCAAAUUGUAGAGCGUUUGAGAGCUCAGGGAACCAAAAGUAGAAAGGGGAAAAAGAAUAAAUCUGUUCCAGCUGAAGAUGAGGAGAAUGGUAAAAAUGAUGUCGACGUUUUGAAAAUGGUGAGGGAGAUAAAUCUGGAUCACAAAAUGCUGGAUAAAUUUGAAUCCAGUAAUGGACACAAACAUUCCUCUGGCGAGAAAGCAGAUUCUCAAAGGGAUCCGAAGGCUGACAAAAGGAGUGCUGGUAAUGCAACAUCAGUAGUUUCAGUCCCUAAACGCCGGAGAUCAUCUUCUGGCCAUAGUCCCUUCAAGUUCUCAAAUAAUGGUCCUAAAGUUCCACUAAAAGAUUUUAAAGAAGAGUUGCAUGAAGAGAGAGAUAUGGACACGAUUGUCUCCUCGGACUCGAACGGGGAAAACUCAAACCGGGAAAAAAAAAUAGAAAGCAGCUCUUCCCGAAAGAAAAAGAAAAGCUUCUCAUCAAAAUCAAAGAACACAGAAUCGGAUUGGGGUGUCACUGAUUUGGGAAAUCAAAGAGAAGAUGGCAACUGCAGUGAGAGGAGUAGGUCAGCAGAAAGUGGUGAUAGAUUGAAGUCUGCCUCGGGAUCAUUGAAGAACCGAAAAAGAAAAAGCAUCACAGGACUGGCUAAGUGUUCCACAGCAGAAAAGAAAAUGGUAACUGAUGAACUAAUCGGAUGCAGAAUAGAAGUUUGGUGGCCUAUGGAUAAGCGCAAUGCAAAACUGCACACUGAAGGAAUUAAUUUGUUUCCACAUUAUGGAAAUGUCAUACUUUAUGAGGAUGGAGAUGUCGAAGUACUUCGCUUAGAUAAAGAACGGUGGGAGCUCAUAGACACGGGUGCAAAACCCACAAAGAAGGCCAAUGCAUCAAAGCGAAGUUCUAAAAAGAAAGGAUCUUCUGGAAGUAAGCAUAAGAGUUCAGAUGGCUUACAAAGGGAGGAAGUCCCAAUUGCUACUACGCCAAAAGGGAAAAGAACUCCAAAGAUAUACCUUAAACAUAAACACCAGGAAAGCACACCAGAAAGUCUCUCUGAAUAUGAGAAACUAGCGAGAGGAAACAAGAAAAAGCGAUCUUCUGCCACUCUAGUUGGCGAAGUUGCUGAAAAAGCAAAUGAUAAGAAAAUGGAAUCAACUACAGAGGAGAUGCCAGAGGACCCGGAACCGAAAUAUGGUGGGGAAGCUGACGCAGAGAAAUCAGAGUCCGAAGGAGAGCAAGGGAAAGAAGGCAUGGAAAUUGAUUUACAGGAGGCAAAAGCAGAGUCGAGUGGGGACCCUGAGGUGAAAGAAACUGAUGGUGACAACUCAGAUUCUGAGGUGAAGCAAGAAAACAAUGAUAUGGAGACAGAAGCUGAAGACGAUGCCGGGGAUGCCGACGUGACCUCUGACGAUGCCGGGGAUGCGGAGAUUUCUGACAAUGAGACUCUUGGAGCGUGGAGAAGUAAAGUGGCCAGGUCAAGCUCGAAGAAAGCAGCAUAG